GAAUCUCACUAUGCUUGAGGUACAGUUGUACAUUUCCCAACCCGCUGCGACUCACUGCGUACUCUGUCCGCGCCGUCUUCUAUCUCAUAUUUCGAUACGAAUACUUUAGAAUCGCGCCAAUAACGGUGAACAUUUUUCGAAUUUAAAGCAAUCAUAACACUACUCUAUACUCAAACACCAUGGCCGUGGCGUCUGAAAACGGCAGUGAAAAAAGCCAAGAGACCAAGGACUUGAUGUGCUUGAACCGCGUCACUACCGAAAUCCCAGUGGUCAAAAUCGGUUACAAAUUUGUCACUCACGUGAUUAACGGACUUAAGGAUUCGUCCUUUCUGGUGCAAUGGAGCUUGGACAAAGUCAGCAGUAGCGCGGAACAAGCGGUCAAAUAUCCGCUGUCGUACGGGUAUGUCAAACAGCCGUUAUUAGCCGUAGAUCGAAUACUUUGCAGUACGUUGGAUUUGGCUGAACAUACCUUGCCCGUGAUCACCAAAACUCCGGAACAAGUGUACGACGACAGUGUUAAAUAUGUAAUGGGAGUGGUGACACCAAUAACGGAAUGGGUAGACGUAGAGCUGAUGCCUCCUGCUGAAUACUACGUGGACUAUUUCUUACCAGAGUUAGAGUCUGGAGACGCCAAAAGCGACGACAGCGACAAGAAGUCGAAGGUACUCCGACUGGCCAAGACGGUAGUGCGACGAACCGUACAGCACGCCUACGCCGAACCCAAAUACCUGGUGCUGCUGACAUUCGGUGCAUGCCAACAGUCGUUUACCAUGUUGAAGCUGCUGAUUGUCGACCAAAAACUGUUGUUGAAGACAUUCCAAGAGAAUUGGAAGAAACUCGGCGACGGCGUGACGGCUGAAGAGGCGGCUAAGAGUAAAUUGUUAGUAGAAAUGGGCUGUAUUAGGCUGACGAACGGUGCUUCGGUAGUUGUCAAGACAGUAGAAAUCUCUGCAGCCAUGGCCAAAAUGUACAUAGACAUGUUUUUAGAAUAUGUGCGAUUAGCCAAAGAUGGUGUGAUUGAUACCAUAUCGAGAAUUGUGAAACCCUCGUCAAAACCAAGGAAAACACCACCCGCCACCCCACCAAAAAAUAAGAAAGAAGAUACCGCCAGUCAACCUAGCGAAUCCUCUGGUCAGCCCACCAGUAAACCUAAUGAAUCGACAAGUGAAUCUUCUGAUCAAUCCACCAGUCAACCAAGUCAAUCGACUAAUGAAUCAUCUGAUCAAUCCACCAGUCAACCAAGUCAAUCGACUAAUGAAUCCUCUGAUCAAUCCACCAGUCAACCAAGUCAAUCGACUAGUGAAUCCUCUGGUCAAUCCACCAGUCAGUAGGAAACUGCUCAGAUGUAACUUCGGCAUAACACUUAAUUUAUUAAUUUAAAUUUGAGGUUGCCAUUUAAAAUUCUUUUAUACCAUUUAAUAUUUAUACAAAAUGUAUUUUUUUAUUAAAAAUUAUUUAUUUUUUAGAUAUUUUAUAUAUUACCAUAUUUUUGCCUGUAAGUUUUACUGAGAUCUAAUUAUUUUGAUAUUAAUAUUAUACAUGUUAAAAAAUGUUUUAAGUUUUAAACGAAUAACACUCGUGCGUUAUUAUACAUAGUUUUGGAAAUUA